AUGGUGUCGGUACUUUUUGCAGUUGUCACUGGAAAUGACAAAACCUUACGGGUGUGGGAGCUGAGCUCUGGGACCACGACUCAGGUCUUGCGUGUUCAACAGGGCACCACACACAAGGCAAUUCAACAUCAGGCCUCUGCCCUAAACAGCUCCCGAUGCCAAGAAUUGGCAAAUUACUACUUUGGUUUCAAUAGGUUGUCAAAAAGGAUCAUCAAGAUUCAGCAUCUUUCUGAUGUUGAAGGAACAGAUGAUGAAGAUACUGUGGCACCACUGCAGAAGCAAAGCCUGAAGUUCUGUGCUUUAGACAUGGUAUCGCCAGGCCGUGAGUUCAGGAGUCCUGGAGUUGGUGUGGCUGAGGAGCCCUUAGAUAAGGUAGAGGCAGGGUCUUUAUCAUUGCUUAUGAAAAGGAAGACAAUCCAGAAGCUUGCUAUUCAGAAGGCUAUUUCAGAUGCAUUCCAGAAACUGCUGAUUGUGGUUUUAGGGAAGUUUUUUUUUUUAUUGUCCUUGAAUAAGUACUUGAGUUUCAACGAGCUCUUAUAA